ACUGUUUACUCAGUGGGGCACCUGGGACCUGGUUAGAAACACGGGCUUGCAGAGCCCAGACCUCCUCCCCUGGGGCCGCGGGCUGGGCGCUGCACCUGCAUGCUGCCCAUGCUGGGGAGCUCCUGCCGUCCGGCCCAGGUGGGGGCUGUGCCCAGGACCCCCCGCCCCAGGAUGGUAAGCAGAGCGCACGUGGGAGCAGCUGCCCACCCCCUGCCCCCCAGGCCUGCCUUCGUGCUCAAACACUCGAUCCCUCACCCCAGCACUAGGGCUUCCAGACCGGCCUCACCAGCGUUUCCGGACUUAAAGAAUCCCUUCCCUUGACUUUAUUUUUCUAUAAAUGUAAAAAAAACAAAAAACAAAAAAACCCCUAAUGUUUGCAGGCCCGCCCUUUGUUUUCUGUUCGUUCUGUAGCCCGUGCCAGCGUGGCUUCCCUGCUCCUGACCUUGACGCCACUACCUCGGCUUUCCCAGAGCACCUCUGCAGAAGCGUGGCGACAGCUGUCCGCCCCUCACACCCACUCCCAAGGCCUGUCGUCCUCGGGCCGGCACGGGCCACGACCCCCUCCAGCUGGUCACACUGCAAACUUCAGGCUCGGUCCUUGGUGGUUCUUUCCUUCACCCAAGCCUCAGAUGUCCACAGCGGCUCCAGAACAUACCUGGGCUCCCCCUUUUCCACCUCUGAUGCUGAACCCCAGACCCAAGCCUGGUCUCUCGCUGCCUCGGUUCAAGCCCCUCGUGCACGUCCACGCCGGUGCCAUCUGGGCCCCCUUCCCAGAGUUCAUCCGCCCGUUGUCCUCUCGCUUCACGCCAGUCACGGGCUGUCCUGUGUGUGGAGAACAAGGGCUGUGCUCCCCGUGCACCCUGUCCCUCUGCAGUCCUCUGCCUGUGGCAGCCUGCAGCCGGGGGCCGGGGCCCUAGAGAGCGCCCGCUCACCCCUCUGCCCGGGGCCAGGCCCUCAUCAUCCUCCUUCACGACCUCCUCACCACGACCCCCUCCCGGCUACACCGAGACAUCAGGUAGCUGCUGAAAGGCUUACACUGCAGUGUUUGUGCCCAGGAUGCCGCCAAGAGCCUGUUCACCCAGGAGAGGGCUGUGCGUGGGGACAGCCGUGUAAACGCACAGCUGCUGGUGGCUCAGGGUGCGGGUGGGGGUGGAGGCCCUGGAGAGGGAGGGUCCCAGAAGGCUCCCGGACUCCUCAGCCUUUGGGGGCGGGGGGAGCUCAGGUGAGGCUUUCUCGGGCUACGUGCACCAGCCCCCUACCCUCCUCCCAGACUUGCCGGGUGGGGAGCCCAGUGGCUCAGUGCUCCGGGACACGGCGGGCUGCAUGUGGCCACAGGAGGAGCUCGGAGACCUCAGACCCAAAGCUCCCAGCAUCAGAGCAGAGCGCCCGAGACAGGAGGUGCUACGGGGAAGGACACCAUCUGACAGUGGAAGCUUUAUUGUUCAACCUCACAAAGACACAGAGGACAGAGGGCUGGACACGGAGGCUGAAGGAGGCUUGUGCACGUGAGCGUGGCAGUCCUGCUCCAAGGGGCAAACCUUCUGGCUGCUGUCCAUCUGUCCGUCCUUCCAGCUGUGCCCAGCGGCCACACCUACCUGGCCCAAGGCAUGACGGCCAGGCCACCCUGGGCUGCAGGUCCACCCAAGAGCCUUUGACAAAGGACGGUUUACAUUGCUGUAGGUCGUUUUGGAACUUAAAUUAG